CAAUUCGACUACCGACAGAAUGCCUUCAAUCAGCGAGAUCAUCAAUGCUCAUAAGCCGGACCUUAACGCGUACGAAGAGCUAUACAAAUGGUUCCACACGCACCCCGAGCUCUCCUUCUGCGAGCGCGAAACCGCCGCAGCCAUCGCCUCACACCUUUCAUCCCUCAACGCCUUCGAGAUCCACUCCCACAUCGGUGGCCACGGACUCGCAGCCGUGCUCAAGAACGGCGAAGGCAAGACACUCUUACUCCGCGCUGACAUCGACGCACUGCCCGUGCAAGAGCAGACUGGCCUGGAGUAUGCGAGCACGAAACGCAUGAAGGAUGUUGAGGGGGCCGAGAAGCCGGUUAUGCAUGCUUGUGGGCACGAUAUGCACAUCACCGCGCUCCUAGCAGCCGCAGAGACGCUGGUGAAAGCACGGGAUUCAUGGAGCGGGACACUGAUCCUGGUCUUCCAGCCCGCUGAAGAGAAAGGCAAAGGCGCGCAGGCCAUGGUAGACGACGGCCUGUACAGCAAAGUACCUACGCCAGACGUCGUAAUCGGCGCACACGUUAUGCCUGAGAAAGCCGGUGUGGUCGGGACAAAGCACGGCUUGAUCGCGAGUUCAGCGGAUUCGUACCUACUGAAGAUCAAAGGCCGCCAAACCCACGCCUCAACCCCUCACCGGGGCAACGACCCCAUCGUGCAAGCCGCCUCGACCAUCCUUCGCCUGCAAACCAUCGUCGCGCGAGAAGUCGACCCGCUGGACUUCGCCGUCGUAACCUGUGCCGCGAUCCACGCCGGCGACGCCGAGAAUAUCAUCCCCGAGCACGCCGAGCUAAAGUUGGACAUCCGCGCCGCGAACCCCUCAACACGCUCCCGCGUCCUCGCAUCCGUAAAGACAAUCGUCGAAGCCGAAGCCCUAGCUUCCAGCAACCCAAACAUCCCCGAACUGCAAGAAAUCCGCAACUUCCCCCUCCUCUUCAAUGACGCGACCGUAACAUCCACGCUCGAGUCCAGCUUCUCUUCCCACUUCAAGGAUAGCAAGUAUGCGACGUACACGCCCGACAUCGCGCGGCUGCAGGGGAGUGAGGAUUUCGGGAUCCUAGCCACGGCAGUUGGGAAGCCGAGUUGUUUCUUCUUGUAUGGUGGAACGGAUCCGGGGCUGUAUGAGAAGUUAGAGAAGGCGGGAAAGAUGAGUGAGGUUCCUGGCAAUCACAGUCCGUUUUUUGCACCGGUUGUGCAACCGACGCUGAGUGUAGGGUUUGAAGGGUAUGCUGUUUCUGCGUUGACGUUCUUGGGGAAGGUUUGAGGACAUGGGGUGUAGGAGGAAGGAAGGUGCUUCAGGUAUAUUUUCAAAGAUGAGUGGCAAAUGCGCUCUUGCUUUGGAAUAUUGCGAUUGAAUAUCUGUUACUGGUACAUUGGGGAAUCGAAACGCACUGUGCUGGUUUGCGCGAACGCUGUGACGUCGUAAACAGGAAUACAGUUCCAUAACAAAUGUUAGUCAG